UUUAUAUUCAUUUAUUUUAUAUUUUUAUUUAUUUAUUUAUAGAAAUUUACAUAAAGUAUGAGUACAGUAACUCCUGACAAUAAAACCUACAAUGAUUUAUCUAAAAAGCCUUCAUUGCCACGAUUUGGGUCAUCAAGCACUUCAGCUUACAAGUACAUUAGCGGUAAAUUCUAUCACCCAAGUACACGUUUUGAAGAUCUUCAAGGGCUUAGCAUCAACAAGUCUGGUACAUGUGAUUUGAUACAGGCCAAUACAAAAUUUAUUGCUGUACCUAUCUCAGGUCCUGGAGGUCGUGUAGGCAUUAUCAACGCUAGAAAACCCGGUAGACUACCUAUUCAUAUUCCCUCUGUACUCUGUAAUUCAGAAGUAAAUGAUUUUAAAUUUGAUCCCUUCGAUGAAAACAUCCUUAUCACAGUCUCUAAUGAUAAUAAGAUUCGAGUUUGGGAAAUACCUGAAGAAGGUCUUGAAGAAGACUUUGCUGAGCCAAAAUAUGUUUUUGGAGAUGAAUCUAUGGAUAGAGUUCAAUUGAUUGAAUUUCAUCCAACUUCUAAAAAUAUUUUACUUUCUGCCUCUGAUGAUCUUGGCCACCCCACCAUUCGUCUUUGGAAUCUUGAGACACAAAAAUCAGAAAUCACAUUCAAGCAUCCAGGCUUGAUUUUUAGUUGCGCCUGGAGUCCUGAUGGUCAGCACAUCGCAACCACAUCAAAGGAAAAAAAAGUGUAUAUUUUGGAUGCUAGAACUGGCCAAACAAAGGCUGAAGGGAAUUCACAUAGUAGUAUUCGACCUUCACGUCUUGUUUGGCUCUCUAAUACCGAAUUCAUUAGUGUCGGAUUUGGAUUAGGAUCCAGCCGUGAAAUUUUAUUGUUCAACGUGUCUGACUUAUCAAAACCUGUCGCUAAAAAGCAGAUUGAUAUUUCACCUAGUGUUAUGAGUAUAUAUUAUGAUUUUGAUUGUCAUCUUUUAUUUGUAGCAGGUAGAGGAGAUAGAACGAUACAUACAUAUCAUGUUGAGGAUGAGAUAGUGCCGAUUCGCUUUUUACCAAAGAGAACAUGUAGCGUCAAAGAGAUAGAAAUUGACAAGUUUUAUAGGUUAACUCCUUCCAGUAUUGAAACUGUAGGCGUGCAUGUGUCUCGUGCAAGACCCGAGUAUUUUCAAGAUGAUAUUUUUGUGCCUACUUUAGACUUGGAACAUCCAGCUCAAAGUGCUGAUAAUUGGUUUAAGGGUGAAAAUAAACAAUUAGAACGUAUUUCUUUACAACCUGAAGAUAUGCCACCAUUGUCGACAGCACCUCCUCCUCCUUCACAAGCUCAAUCAAAGGCCAAAUUCGAAAUGGGUAAAAAAUAUGUGAGUGAAGAGCAAAGAAAGAAAGAACAAAUGGAACGUAUGUUUGCUUUUGCAAAGAGUAUCGAAAGUGAUGAUGAAGAAAUAAAACCAAAAGUGAAUCCAGAAGAAGAAGAGGUAGCAGAAGAAGAAUGGGAUGAUUAAUACAUACAUAACAUGAUUUUAUUUUAUUCAAUAAUAAAAAAGAAGUUUAUAUAUAAAUA